UUUCUCCUUUUUCUCUUCUCUUUUUUCUCUCUACCAUUUGCUCUUCUAUAAAUUAACAGCGUCCUUGUUCACUUUCUUCCUCACUUCUUACAAACUCUUCCUUUUGUUUGUUUUUACCGCUCUACUACUAGAAAAAAAAAAAAAAAAAAAAGAGAGAGAUAGAAUAGCUUAGCACUUCCUUGGCCAAAGCUUCUCCAAAACCAACCUUGAAAAGGUGCAAUAUUACAUCUGAGAAAAGAGAUUUUCAUAUACUUUGUUUUUUUUGGGGGGUGGAUAGCAAUGGAAAGGCUGAACUCAAAGCUGUACUUGCAAAACUGUUACAUAAUGAAAGAGAAUGAGAGGUUGAGGAAGAAAGCACAACUUCUGAACCAAGAGAAUCAAGCACUUCUCUCUGAGCUUAAGCAGAAACUCUCCAAGGGCAACUCUAAGAACAAUAACAAUAAUAAUGGCAAAAAUGCGAUUCCUGAUCUUAACAUGUCCUCCUCAGGUUCUGCCCAGCAAAAUCCUUCCAGUUCUAGCAACUGAUCAAAUAUCAAUAUCAUAUCUUUUGUAGUAGUUGGGUUUUGCAACCAAAAAAAAAAAAAAAAAGUGUCA